AUGGAAAGAGCAGCAAGCCCAGUUUCCACUUUCAUCGGGCUAGCAACCCGAGCCGACCCUUCGCCUCUACCGCCCCCUCAGGAAAUAUUCGUCCACAUCCAGGAGAUGUAUGACUCUGGGAAGCCAUUCUACACCAAAGAGUUGCUCCAAGAUCUCAAACAGCAGAUACAGGACGCUCGCGAUGGAGUUAUCCAGAGUAUACGUGUGCCGGGGUUGGAUGGAGUAAUUGUUGAGUUUCCAGUACUUACAGGGCAGGUUUAUCCAGCACAUGAUGAGCCUGGUAUGGAGUACAUUAUCCGAAACCCGUGCAUAUCAUAUUCAUCUCUGCAAGAAGUAGUCGAUGAUGAUAACCUAGGGGAUUAUCUGCCCUACAACCAUAUCGAGAUUGGCCAUUACAAGUAUCUACGGGAUAUCCGCACCAAGGAGCUGUACUUGAACUGUUCAGUUUAUUCAGUAUCUGACGCAAGCAAGCUUCUACAAGAAAGUCGCCAGAGGUGGGAAAAUACCAAAGAGUGCCAAGAGCUUCGGGUAAAGCUCAUGUCACGAAAGACUCUCCCUAUAUCCAAAAUCGUUGGGAUUGCGCUUGGGUCUUUCGCAACAGUCUACCCUGAUUUUCAAGAUCGAUCGGUUUUUCAGCACGCUCUACUUUUGACUCUCCGUGACAUAUUCUGCAAAAUGCACAAUGUGUCACAGGAUGCUAUUCCAUGUUUUGCACAGGACCCAGAAUGCAAGAGGAAUGAUAUAGUUGCUGCAGGGGAGAAUGGAAUUAAGAUUGUAGAAGACCCCGACGCGUUUCUCGAAGUUGAUGAGUCCACAGUUGUGGUUUCGGUUGCUCCGGAUAUUGCUGUGCGGCAAAUUGUCUUUGAUAUAGCUCGGCCGGCUGUUUUGAUAUGGAACAAAGUGAGGGAUCAGAAUGAAGAUCACAUGUGA